AUGAGCGAGAAACAACACUACUCCCUCUUACCAACAGCCGCCAACCCGGCAGCAACACCCAACACCACUACCAACACCAUCAGUGCCUCCUCCUCAAAGGACACAACAGCUAUUGAUGCAACAAUUUACAGGCGACGACUUCGAAUCGGCUUCUUCAAGCUCUGUCUCGUCGCCGCCGCCUUCUACACCCUCUUCUGGAUGCCCUUGGACGAUGAUUCGAAUGAUAACGACAAUAUCCUCAACGAACGGAGUCCUUCCCGCCACUAUGCUGCCCACAAGGCGCAUCACAGGGCUCAAAAUGAACAUCAUAACCGCCGUCUUGCGGAAAAGUAUGGCUUUGAGAAGUAUAUGGAUGCGGCUGUUGAACAGAUCGUCGAGGGAACUCUCGAAUCAAAUAUCGUAUGGGAUCGUUUGGCAGAGAUGACAGAUACAUAUGGACCUCGUAUCGUCGGUUCAGAUGCAUUGGAAAAGUCUAUUGACUGGAUCGUGGGAAAGGUCAAGGCCGACAACCUGUCCGUAACAACCGAAGAUGUGGUGGUCGACUAUUGGCAACGGAACCAGGAGUCCCUUCACUUCCUCUCCCCGACCAGAGGGCCCGUCAAGUUGCAUAUCCUCGGACUCGGAUACAGUGUUGCCACACCUGACCCCGUUAACGGAUUGACUGGUGAGGUUCUUGUGGUCCAGUCCAAGGAGGAGUUGGACCAAUUGGGCGAAGCAGGCGAGGUCAAGGGGAAGGUCGUGGUGUGGAACCGACGAUUUGAUUCGUAUGAUACCAGUUACAUGUACCGACUCGAGGGCGCCGUCUGGGCAGAGAAACAUGGAGCCAUCGCUGCCUUGGUUCGAGCUCUUGGGCCCUUUUCGCUGCAGACGCCUCACACCGGCGGCUCCAUUGCUGCCAAGAUCCCCACAGCCUCCAUCUCGGCCGAGGAUGCUGACCUGCUGGAGCGGUCUCUGAAGCGCCAUCAGCAAGACCCUGAACAAUACCCUGACUGGCCCAAGGUGAAGCUGGUAAUGGGAGCAACAACCGAUCUGGACGCUAGAGUUUCGAGGAACAUCAUCGUGGAAUUGAAGGGCAGGGAGAAACCCGAGGAGGUGGUUGUUCUUGGAGGACAUAUCGACAGUUGGGAUGUCGGUAGUGGAGCUGUGGAUGAUGGUAUUGGCUGCUUUAUUGCUUGGGAGACUAUCCGUCAACUUAGCCGACUGGACCGACCUCCUCGCAGGACUAUCAGAGUCGUUUUCUGGACCUCAGAAGAGAACACCUCGGUUGGAGGCGUCGUUUAUGCCAAGAACCACCCCGAGUCUACGGACAGCCGCCACGUCUUUGCAUUCGAGUCCGACAUUGGUGUCUUUGACCCCUACGGCAUCGGAUUCACACCCAGUCAGACCCAGAGGAAUCUGUUGAGAGACCCCAAGAGCAUCACACCCAUGGAUUAUCUCGCAGCAGCUGGAGAGUACUUUCUGGGUUCACGCGAGGAUUUGGGAUACUCAGGAGCUGGACGCCAUGUUCUACCCAACGGAGGUGGAGCUGAUAUCGAGCCUUUGUGCGAAAAGGGUGUUGCCUGUGCUCAUUUCAUGCCUGCCGACCCCUUCCCCUUGCCCUACUCCACUUCACCAUAUGCAUUGACAAAGCCACCUCUGGAACAAGAAGACGACGAAUCUCAGGAACACCAACGGCACCAUGGAAAGCAUGACCGCAAACACCUCCACCGCCGCCACCGCCACCACUCCCACCCUGAAGAGGCACCUCGACGCCCAGUCGACAGCGGAUACUUCUACUACCACCACACGGAGGCUGAUACCAUGGGCGCAUUUACCCCCGACCAGGCGAAGCAGUCGGCCGCCGUCAUGGCCAUCUGGACCUACAUCGCCGCCGAGAGUGGUGUCGAGUUCUAG